GGGGUCUGGCUGCAGCAUCAGCAGGUUGGGUUGGCCGGGCGGAGCUGCCCCCGUUUGGGCAGGUGAAACAUGGAGAAAGAGGAAGGAGGAGAACCCUAAGGAGAAAGGGACUGGGACCUGUACGGAGGGGCAAUAAAGGCACCAAGCCAGUGUCAUUGACUGAUCUUGUGACGUUUCCAAAUGGAUGCGUAACUAUCCAGUACCAUGUCUACACAGGUCGAGAUAUCAUCUUUGACAUCAAGGACAGUUCAGUCUGGCCUAAGUGACUUAUCAAAUGACGUUAAAUCGCCAAGAACUCAUGUUAACCCUCUUUCAGAUGCUAGCAAUAAAUCCACCGACUCUGUUUUUACUGGGUCACUUUUCAUUGAAGAAGCUAGCACAACCCCUAGCAAAUUUGUGAAUCGGUUCAAUCCAGCAAAUAGACCCAGAAUUUCACCAAAACCGUUUUCUAGGGAAAACCCGACAGAAACCAGGAAAUCCAUAGGUUUUGUCCCUAGACUGCCUUUGGAUGACAAGCCCCUAACAGAUUUGCCAUCUAAAACAUCCACCAGUAUGUCCUUGUCAGAAAGUGGUAAAAAUGAUGAAGAUGUAAGAAUAAGUCAUAGACGUUUCAGGUCCCCCAUUCCAUCAAGCUCUGAAGAUCAUACACCUUCUACCUGGGUUCCAAGAACUAAGACUAUAGAUGAGUCUUUGUCUAAGAAUGUUUUAUGUUUAGAAGAAUCUACUUAUACCAAACAUGAAGUGGCUUCAAAGAAACCUGAAACUUCUCAGUGCAAGGAACAAUUCCAUCUGGGUACUUGGAAAAAAGCUUCUCCAAGUGAAUCAGAUGAACAGAAAGAGAGUUGUAGUGCUGAAAAAUCUAAAGAUGCUUUGGACAUUGCAUCUGUGAGGGCUCAGAUAAGACCGAGACGUCGGCCGGUGUCUGCCAUGUUUUUGAAUUCAAUAAAUGAUCCGCCACAAGACGCUCCAGUGACUGCAGAUGAGAAAACCUCAGCAAGAAGACCAAGGCCCCUAUCUGUAGAUCUUACUGCAAAAUUUGAAAACCAUGGCUCCUGCCUGCCCAGGAAAGGGAGUAAAACUGAAGACACCAAGGAAAAUAUACCUGAAAAGAAAAAUGUGGAUGACACCAGCUUCCUUGGAGAGAAAAGUGAAAUUGGUGGCGCUGAAGAAAGUGUUGUUGUCCACUCGGACUUGAAUAGUAAAGAUAUUGGCAUAAGAAGAGUAAGUAGUGGAGUCUCAUCACGAAAUAACUACUUAGGAUUUCCUGACACGAAUGUCAUGAAAAACCCUUUAAAAGGAAAUCAGUAUAACAAAGAACGAGAAAUGACUGACAUUAGUGAAAAUCAAGGCAUAUUAAAACUGGCAGAAAGCUAUAAUAAUCAAGCAACUAAACCUCCAGUGCACAGGGAAGAGUACCUUCCUGAUAGUCAUGCCAAUGUAACAUGUGAUUUAAAAAAUACUGAUGAAAGUGGAAUUGAACAUGGAAUGAUCCGAAGGCGUAUCAGUCUUCUUCUUGCCACCACCAGCUCCUCUGGUGAGACCACAGAUCCUCCUGCAGUUAAAAAUGACAGUGAAAGCCCCAGUGUGUUGCGACACACUAAGGUGUUUGCUUCAGAUAAAGUGGAGAUGAAUUCUAUGAGACCACGGACCUCAUCACAGUCUCGAACUUCAUCAUCGGACUUGGCAAAAAACUUAUUAUCUUCAGCACCAAAUAUGGAGCCGAGAUCUGAGAAACUACUAGAAACGCAUUGUUUUUCCGUCCCCCAGGACGUCAGAAACCGUAAGCAUAUAGAAAGAGAGACGGCGUAUGAGAUGUCAGAAGAGGAGAAACUAAAGCCAAGGAGGUCUUUUAGGCUCCGUGAUGAACCUUUGAAAGUUGAGGACAACAAUGUUGUUAACAAAGAAAGAAGAAGCUUCAGCUCAAAAUAUACAACAGUUACCAAAACAGAAAGACCGGACAAAGUUGCUGUAUCUGAUGAAAUACCUUUCAAAACAGUCAGAGCCACUAUGUUCGAACACAAUGUCAAAAAACAUAGUACUGCUAAGGUGCAUAAUACGAGUGAUCAUGAACCCAAUCAAGCAGCUAAAGAUGAAACAUCACCUGGUAAUUUUCCAGCUAACCAUGAAUACCAUAGCUGUGCAGAAAGUCAGAAUCAACACAGAGUAGAAAGCAAUGAAGGAACGGGCAUUGGGAUUAGCGAUAGAUGGGGUGGAAAGGCAAUAUCUUCCACUGAAAGAUCUCUCAAGACUGAUAUCCCAGACUAUGUUGAUUCCUUUGUGCCAACUCCGUUCAAAAUUGAAAAAGAUAAUGUACCUCAUCAGCGAAUAGAGCCAAGAUAUGAAAUUACGCAAACGGUUGGUGAAAGAGUAUUAAGUGAAUCUAUCAAAAUGGUUCCAGGAGAUAAAGCAGUGACUCUUCGAUCUCGAAGAUCCUUUCACAGCAAAGAAAGAGAAUCUGAGAAAAAUGAAUUUGAUAGAAAUCUUUCAGAUCGUCCAGGGGGUAAACUUCAAAGAAGUAAAAGUGAAUAUAGAAGACGAAUUACCACGGACAGUUCAAAAGAUCCUUUCCAAAGCAAACUGAUAUCAAGAGACUUUGUUCAAAUUGAUACAAAACAUAGCUUUAGAUCGGAAACUAGUUUUGCAACAAAGACAUUGACUGAGAUAAGGACAGAUAAAAUUAAUCGGACAAAUCAAGCCAUAACUUUAUCGGACAGUGAAGCAGAAUUCAAAGGGAAAUCCAAUGUCGCUACAGAAAAUAAGGCAACAGGAAAAAAAUCAUUAGACCUAUGGGGCCAGGAAAGAGAGAGGGAUAAAAUAACUAGAGCAGAUCCAAAACUUGGGGAAUUGAGUGGAAUGUCCCAAAUUGGUAACAUUAAGAAUCAGACUCGCCAAACCAGCCAGGAACCUGUAGAAAAAGGUUUCGAAUCAAGAUGGGUGGUUGUUCCUCAAGAUAAAUCUGUGGCUAAUGUAGAAGAGUCUGCAAACAAAUCUGUUCAGGUCAGUGACUUUAGCAGGCCGCUUUUCCAGUCUCAUAGAUCUUUUGCUGAGACUGACACAGGAGCAGGGCAAAGAAGCACUGUCAAAGCAGAAACGACUGAUACAAUUAAAUCCAUGCUGAAUGAAGAUAUUGAGAAAAUGAAGAAAGAUCUAACGUCUAUGAAAACACGGAAGGAGGACAGCCAAUGUACCUUUGGCAAUGAGUGGAUAAGAGGAAGCUCCUUGUUUUAUAGCGGGAGCGAAGGAAUAAAAGCUGAUCAUUUAAAUACAGAAAAACCUAAAGACACGGAUCAGGAAGAAACAACAAAUAAGACAGGUUUCUCAAUUCGCAGUGAAAAUAAACAGAAUGUACGUAGUCCGACUAUUAAAGGCACGUCUUCAUUUGAGGCAAAAGCAACAUAUUUUGCUGUGACCUACAUAGACAAAAAUAAAGAGAAGGAUGAAAAAGAAUUUGGAAAUCAGAACACAGUCCCCAGUGUGACCGAUGAUUAUACAGUGGAAACCGUUAGUUUGAAUAAACCUAACAAAGUUUUGCAAAAUGAACCACUGAAGGAAAACCGUGUUUUCGUAGAAGACUUUGAAAAACCCAAUGCUGAAAAGCAGCCUAAAACCUAUAGGAAUCAGCAUGUUGUGGAAGAUGACUUUAGAAGGUCAACCGAGAAGACCUCACAGAAUGCUAAAAGAAACAUCAUUGAUAUUGAUGCUGUACUCAGGAGACACAAAGAAAAGACGGUGACGGAGGAUAACGGAUCUCCCUAUAAAGAUGCUUAUGCCAAACCUCCCUUACCAAGACAUGUGGUAGCCCAUGAAAACGUGAGAGAUGUGAACUCCAUUCAUCAAGAGGAUGUAUACAAAUCAAAAGCUGUUGAUAUUGAUGCCCUUAUGGUCGAUUACAAAACGAAUUACCAGAAACCGAAGGAAGAUAAUGUUUUUAAUGAUCUUGACGAGAAAGGGCAAUGGAAAUUUGAAAGGUCAAGAUCGUUCAGGAGCAGUACCGAAAGGAGUUCAAGCGGGAGAUGGAAAGACCCGAGUGUUAGAAGUUUAGUUCAUGGCGAGGGGUAUCAUCAGUAUGACUUUACUUCGUCCCGUCGUACCUCUUCUCAAACCACUGCUGGGUCAGAGUCAAAAGAAGAACAGAAACCUGUUCACGAAAAAGCUGAACGCGUCCCUGUAGAAAAUGUAGGGAAGAAAUCCAGUAAACUGGAGGAACAACGUAUUCACACACACUCUGAAAAGAGUCAAAAUGUAACGGUUGUUGAUUCAUUGUUGGCAUCUGCAAAGCAGUCUCGUUUUGACAAUAAAUCGCAUACCAGCUGGUCCCAGGAUUACCCUGACGCUAAAACAGGAGCGUCUUCUACGUAUUCUUCAACGAGGACCGCUGUUCCUGAGAUGAGUGUUGAUCGUGACCAAGAUGCAUCUUUUCUAAUGGAAAUGAAAUCCAAAUCCAAUUUGUAUGCUGAAAAAAGGCGACCAGCAAGGACAAGUGAUAUAAUUAACCUGAUGUUAGAAAAUAAAGACAGAACAAGGAGGGAGCACCGUGCAAGACAGACUUUUUCAGAAGACCAUACAGAACAGUCUAGAUCACAGGCAACUUCUCGACAGAGAGAAUCAAUAUACAGAGAUUACAAGGAAUACUCAGAAAGGGACGUUUCCAGACAACAGACGGUAACUUUGCAGGAGGAAGAACUCAGGAGAGAUUCAUCUGAAAGGAGAAGUCGUCGCCUACACCAAGAGAGGACUGUACACCGACAGCAGGUGAUUCUGGUGCAGGUUUUAAAAAGUGUCCAUUUCACCUUAGCGACCGGUAGAAUGGUCCAGUCAGCAGACAUCUUCCAUUGCUUGCUAUGGUGA